AUGAGGUGCUGCGGGGUGGCCUCUGCUGGCACGUCUUUGGAAAGAAAGAGCCUGUACACUUUGUUGCCUCCCGGCAGGGUGAUAAACGCAGGGAAGAGCCAGCACAACGAGGACCAGGCGUGCUGCGAGGUGGUGUUUGUGGAGAGGAGGCCCAGCCCGAGGGGCCGGCUGCCGUCCAGGGAAGGCGGCGGAGAGCUGGACAGGGGCAGGAAGGGUUUUUAUUUCCACUACUGGGCCUUGUUUGACGGCCAUGCGGGCAGUGGUGCUGCUGUCAUGGCAUCCAAGAGGCUCCAUCUGCACAUCUGUGAGCAGCUCCGGGAUCUUGUGGAUAUCCUGCAGGACCCCUCCCCGCCUCCCAUCUGCCUCCCGCAUGAUGUGACAGCCAGCCCCACAGAGCCGAGCCGGGUACCCCUCGCAGAGGACAAUGGGGAGGUCCCCAACGAUGCCGUGCCACGGUUUCACCUGGAGAAGGUGGUCUCUCACGAGAGCCUGGUGAUCGGUGCCAUCGAGAACGCCUUCAAGUACAUGGAUGACCAGAUCGAGCGGGAGUGGGCAGCCCAGCACCUGUCCGGGGGCUGCUGCGCCCUGGCUGCCAUCUACCUCAUGGGCAAGUUCUACGUGGCAAACGCUGGCGACAGCAGGGCCAUUAUCAUCCGUAACGGGGAAAUCAUUCCAAUGUCCAGGGAGUUUACUCCAGAGACAGAGAGGCAGAGGCUGCAGUUUUUAGCGUUCCUGAGGCCCGAGCUGCUGGGGAAGGAGUUCACCCACCUCGAGUUCCCCCGCAGGAUCCAGCCCAAGGAGCUGGGGAAGAAGAUGCUGUACAGAGACCAAAACAUGAACGGCUGGGCUUACAAGAAGAUAGAAGAGGAUGACCUGAAGUUUCCACUUGUUUAUGGGGAAGGCAAGAAGGCACGGGUGAUGGCCACGAUUGGGGUCACGCGGGGUCUGGGAGACCAUGACCUCAAGGUGUUCAGCUCCAACAUCCACAUCAAGCCUUUCCUGUCCUGCUUCCCAGAGGUCAGGGUUUACGACCUCACGCAGUACGAGCACUGCCCUGAUGAUGUUCUGGUCUUGGGCACCGACGGGCUCUGGGAUGUCACCAACGACAAGGAAGUGGCCGGUGUGGUGAUGGAGGUGUUGACGAGCUACGAGCCCAACGACCCGUGCAGGUACACCAUGGUUGCCCAGGAGCUGGUGGUGCGGUCCAGGGGGGUACUGAAGGAGAGGGGCUGGCGGCUGGCCAACGACAAGCUGGGCUCCGGCGAUGACAUCUCUGUCUUUGUGAUCCCUCUGGGUGGCCCGGGCAACUACACGUGA